UUUAACGAUUUUACUUUAUCUACUAUCUAUUAAGUUUUAAGUAUCAAUCGAAUAUCCGGUAUUCUUUCCUACUUAAAAGCAAAAUAAUGUGUAUUCUUUUGUACACAUUCAAAUUUUAAUUGAAUAUGUUUACAUAGCGUUUAGUUUAAGAGUUUAAUCUUCAAUCAGUAAUUUAUGGAAAAAUUACUAUUUUUCGUGUAUUCGAUUGGAAUCCUUAUUAGGAUAUAUUUGAGCUUCAGCGAUUUUAGCACUUCCAUUGCAGACCGGGUUGAAGUGUCAACGCCAUUGAACUCUUGGAAAAGAGUUAUUGAAGGUGUAUCUUUAUACAACGAGAAUAUCAAUCCAUAUGAUGGGGAUUUAUUUCACGAGACUCCAUUGGCUCUUGUAUUUUUCAGUCACUUGACAUCAACUUUUUCAGAUUUUUAUGUAUCAUUAGUAUUUAUUGCGUGCGAUCUCACAACUGCUUUUGUGUUGUACUUUACGUCUAAAAUUUACACUGAAAAUUUGCUUAAACAGCAAACAAAAACAAAACACGUUUACAAUAAAGAAUUUAGCAAAUUAUUGAUACCAGAUGACUUUUCAGUCAUAAAUCCGUUUUAUGUAUGUUCGGUUUACAUGCUUAACCCAUAUACAGUGUUUAGCUGUAUUGCAAGAACAACAACAGUGUUCAACAACCUAUUUUUGGCACUAUGUUUAUAUUCCAUGGUAAAACGACAUAGGCUACUAGGAUGUCUGAGCUUAGUAUUAGCAUCAUUGCCAACGUUUUACACAUUUGGUCUGCUUGCCCCCUUAAUGAUAAGCUGUGCACCUAUUGACUCUAAGAAAAAGACUGGUUCAUUCAUAAUUACAUUUUUAACCUGUGGUACCAUUAGCUGCUUGCUUCUGUACUUAUGCUACACAAUUAUGAAUGAAUGGACAUUCCUAGACUCUGUUUAUGGUUUUAUAUUAAAUGUUCGUGAUUUAAAACCAAAUAUUGGUUUGUUUUGGUAUUUUUUUACUGAGAUGUUUGAACAUUUCCGUGCACUAUUUGUCUGUGCUUUUCAAUUAAAUGCAUCUGUUCUAUAUGUGGUUCCAUUAAGUAUACGUCUUCGUCGUGACCCAUUGUUGUUAGCCACCAGCUUAUUAACAUUAACAGCAGUUUUUAAGUCAUAUCCAAGCAUAGGAGAUGUUGGAUUUUACCUCAGCCUUCUUCCAAUUCAUAGGCAUUUAUUCUACUUUAUGCAACAAGCAUUUAUUGUAUCAUGUUUCUUUGUGGGUUGUACUGUUUUUGCUCCUACGGUGUGGCAUUUGUGGAUUUAUUCACGCUCAGCAAAUGCUAAUUUCUAUUUUGGAGUAACUCUUGCUUUUGCCACAACUCAAAUAUUCCUGAUCACUGAUUUAUUGUUUGCAUACAUCAAGCGAGAGUUUGCUCUGAAACAUGGUAUGAAACGUAUGAUCAAUGGAAAAGAAGCCCGUCUAAUGCUUGAUUAAUACAAUUUUAUAUCAACUCUUUAUGAAGAAUUCUAAAAUCUUAAUAUGACAACUUUGAAAAAAAAAAUGUUCUAUUGGUAUUUUUUUUAUACUAAAACA